UAACAACUACAGUGAUACCAAACGCUGGACAACGACCAGCAACGACGAUUUCGCGCGUGUCCUCGCUAUGACCCUGGGGCGCGCAAAACACUUGCAGUUAUAUGUGCAAACACUAAUUAAGCUGACCUGAAGCCCAAACUCGCACCAUUAUGCCGAACUCCGUGGGGCUUCGGGCCUGGAAGACGUUCUUGCGCCAGCAGAAGCGUGGAUGGCUUGGUUUAGACAAGACGGGAGCGGGAUUGCUGGCAAGGAGGUACAUUCGCGCGCUGGCCUACCUCUUCAAUUUGCAUACUCUCAUUCUAAUGGCAGUUGCGUGUUUGGCGGUCGCCGCCUGCUACGAGUGGGACUUCAGAUACAACAUGGACUUCACGCUGGUGGCCACGGGCACGACCUUCCCGCUGGUGUUCACCAUUCAGCAGGCGUUUGCUCGCCGCGAGCGUGCCACAGUGCUGAUCGCCAACAUGAAGGCGUCCAUCGUGGCGCUGUACUACAUGCACCGCGACUGGGACCAGACCGAGAACUUCCCCGCCUCGCUGGGCAAUAACAAUCUGCAGUGGGCGCGCAAGGUCAAGGCGGUGCUGGAGGAGUUCUGCGCCAGCUGCUCCAAGUACCUGACCGCGCAGGACAUGUACGAGUCGGUGGCGGAGCGGCGUCUGGUGGCCAAGAAGAACGAUGAGCUGUACGAGCUGUUUGUGCACAAGCUGGAGGUUGAGGAGCGCAAUACGCCGCACUUCCGCCGCCGUGUGCACCGCGCCGAGUCGCGGGACCCGGGGCACGUUCACUUGACGGACUGCUAUCGCGCGCUGUCGCUGCUCAGCGUCUUUAACGAGCAGCUCACGCUCAAGGCGGGCUACACGCGUGGAGGCGAGGGCGGCAUGUCGCGCACCAACCAGUACCUGCGCUACAUCAUCUCCAACCUGGAGGAGCUGCGCAUGAUCCGCGAGUACCGCACGCCGUACAUGAUGCGCACCGCCUGCGGGAUCCUGCUGCACAUCUUCGCCAUCAUCCUGGCGCCCUACUUCGCGCACUUCUGCGACAGCUGGAUCGGCCUCGGCAACGACGAGGACUCGUGCCCGGCCGGCUACGCGGGGGCGAUUGUCUUUGUGCUCAUCGUGAUGCUGCUGUACCACAUCCAGGUCGACAUUGAGAUGCCGUUCGACGAGAAGGGCCUUGAUGACGUGUUCUUCAUGUCCACUGCCGAGCUGGACGAGGCCAUGGGCAUGCACGCCACGCUCAGCGGCCGCAACAGCUGCGACCUGGACUCACUGGCGGGCUCCUCGCCCCGCGAGCUGAGCCGCAUGGGCAUGGCGGGCCCCGACGGCCCGUCGCUGCCGCCGCAGCGCUCAUACAAGAACCUGUCGCACCACCUGUCAGCCAAGGACCUGCAGAGCAACCGGCCGCUUCGCACCAUCCCGUCGGACCACGAGCUGAACGUGGAGGAGAACCCGGGCCGGCGCCUGAGCGGCGGGACGCCACACGGCAGCGACGAGAUGCUGCACAUGUUGGCCGGCCGCCGCUCGCCGCCGCCGCCGCCGCGCGUCAGUGGCGGCGGCGCCGGGUACAUAGUCCACGGCGGGCUAUCAUCACCGCCUCCGGGGGCCAGCCCGACGGGAACCCCAGGCCACGUGACCUGGGCGCCGCCCCAAAGCCACUCGUAGGCAGCGACUCCUUCCGGGGCGGAUUUACAGAUAGUGUAUGUAUGGAAUGUGUUAGGAACGCACAAGAAGGGGUAUGUGUGCGUGUGUUCCUGCCCCAUUCACCCGCACGGGUGUAGGUUGAGGCGUGGUGAGAGGAAUUACAUUGCCCCAGCGGGCGUGGCAGUGCUGCAAGUGCACGUGCCCAUUUUCCAUUUGCUUGGACCCGCUGACAGUGAAGUAAAUGCAUGCAACAAAUUUUGAGAAAGGGGUGUGAACUAAUGAGAGGGCUGGACCAUGCAAGGCGCUUGUACCCGUAGUUGGGACGGGGUGCAUGGGUAUGCUUCAUGUGCUUGAACGAGGUGAGUUCCGGAUCUGGUUGCGAUGCGACAAGGAGCCUGGUAUGUGGAGGUGGGCGUUGCCGACAAUGCUUUAUGACAAGUAUGCGCACGUGCGACAUCAGGGGAGGCCCCUGUGCGACAUCAUGUGCCUGCCAAACGCGUUAUGGUAGUUUCCUGUGGUGCAGGGCAGGGGUCGUAUCUUGAUUUUGGGGUAAUGUCUAGCUCCAGACAAAAACGGCCGGGUGGCCGCCGUCUUUUGUCUGGGCUCAUGGCGGUUUGAGGGCUUCUCCAUAGGAAUUCGGACAAAACCCGCCCCAAACCCGGGCCAACAAAGUCUCGCUCCAGACAUUAGCCCCCGGGAGGAAUGUCUAGAAAACGGCCAAAAUGGCAAAUUAAUGUCUGGAGACAUUAAGAUAGGAGCCCUGGACUGCAGGGCGACGUACCGCAAAACCUUUGGUAACGCGGCCAGAAACAUGGCUUGGGUGGAUGACUUUGAUGAGCUGAGAGGCCAUAUGACAGCGGGUGCUCCAAGUGCUCCCGCCAUCGGGACGCCUGUAGCAGGAAACGCCGUAAAAGGACUUGUUGACAAGCUGCAGGGGUCGUAUCUUGUUUUCGGGGUGAUGCCAGACAUUAGCCCCCGGGAGGAAUGUCUAGGAAACCGCCAAAAUGGCCUAUUAAUGUCUGGAGACAUUAAGAUAGGAGCCCUGACAAGCUGGGGCUUUCCGCAGGGUAUGUGGGCCCUACGUGCCGUCAGGCCUGCUGAGGAUUUUGGCUCGGCUGACGCUGUUGCUGGCUGCGGGUGCUUCACACGCGAUACAGCUAUGCUGUCUGGCACCGGUAGUGGGGGAAGACUUAUGGCGCGUGUGGUUAACAAAGCAAGCGCUCGGAAGCGCGCCACACAGACGGGCGGCAGCCCCUCGCAACCUCGUAC